CGCGUUCCGAUACCGCGCGUCGACACUUUGCAAAAUGCAAAUUCCCACCCCACUAAUCUAAUCCUUCCUCCCCGCACGUCUCUCUCUCUCUUCACUCUUUCUUUUUCUAAAUCGAAAUUCAGAUGGUGGGCUUCUCCUUCCCCUUAUUAUCAUCGCUCUUCUUCUUCUCUCCCAGCUGGUUCUUGUUCUUUGAUUCCUUCCGAAUCUCAACCUCUCUCUCUGCCCGCGUUCUCUCUUUCUCCAUCGUUGAUGAUUUAAUAAUAAAUAACACCUUUCCCCCAAUUCCGUAGCAAACAACCCAACAAUAGCAAAGCGAAGAAAUAAGCUAGGAAAGAGAAGAUCGAAAAGCAGAGAAGUAAUGACAGCUCCAAACAUGGCUGCCAUCACCGCAUCCCUCGAGCGUUCCUUCCAAAACUGUUCCCUCAACCACCACCACCACCACGCCGCCGCCGAUACCGAGAGAUCCUCCAGCUCCGACGAGACCGACGCGCCGGAUCAUCACCGUCGUCAUCAGCAACAGCAGCAACAACAGCGCCAAAACCCUCAUCUCCCACCUCUGCAUUCUUCGUCGUCAUCGAACAACAACUACGACGCAGCUAUCGAGCUCAACUCCGAUGUCUCCCUCCCUUACCACUGGGAGCAAUGCCUCGAUUUAAAGAUCUUGCUUCUUUUGGGGAGGUGAAAGCAUAUAAGGAAACAGUCUGGGGAAACAAAAGGCAGACAGGGGAGAUAUACUACAUAAACUGGAGGAAUGGGAUGAGAGCAAAUGAAGAUCCAAGGAUAACACCUCAAGAGUACAUGAAUGGAGAUUACUACUACUCGGAUGACGAUGAUGAAGACGACGAUGACGAUGGCAGCUCUUCUUGCGACAGCGAGGAGUCAUCACCUUGUACCUCGAGAGACCAUUACAACAAUAACAGUAAGGUGGAGAAAGAAGGUAACAACAAUGUGUUGGUUGUUGCAGGAUGCAAGAGAUGCCUGAUGUACUUCAUGGUCCCUAAACAGGUUGAGGAUUGCCCCAAAUGCUGUGGCCAUCUGCUUCACUUUGAUAGAUCUGAUAGCAAUGGCUCCCCUUGAUUAGAUCCGGAUUAAAUAUUAUUUUUGUUUGUUUCGUCUUCAUUUUCGGUUUCUUGAGAUGAGGUUGCUCUCUCACAGCUUUUGCUUCUUCCCAGAAGGGGGGUGAUAAAAAGAUUGGAAAAGAAAUGAAAGGAAGGGAACUCAUUUGUGCUUUGAUAGAUUUUGUGCUGUGGAAUGAUCAUGAAAUGCGCGACCAAUGGAGGGGUUUGAUUAGUUUAGUGUAGAAAUAUGGGGGAGUCUCCUUUUAUUCUUUGAUUGCACUCUUAUUAUUAUAUUAGGUGGUUCCUUUCCAUGCUUCCUCUCUUCUCCUUUCCUUUGUUACUUGUUUUUAUUUCUUCUUUCUCCUGGGAUUCCUCAAUUUUCCAUCUCCAGUUUUUCUUUAUUCCUAGCCAGAUCUUUCUUGUUGUUUUGGAGCGUUGACCGAGUCCUACUGAAGGACAUUCCAAGAGCUGAGAAGAGACUGGGAGAAUGAAACCAAACUUGCUUGUCCCUUUUUUUUUUAUCUUUCUCCUAGCUACCUUGCUAUAUACAUUGGCUUGUUACAUGGGACUUUUCCCAAAUGGUUCAUUUGGUGCAUUUUGAGUCAUUGUGUGUGUAGAAUGAGUCAUUUCAUUAUGACUCCUUCCACUAGUCUCUCUCAAUGAAAUGACAUAUAUAACUGGU